AUGGAAGAGCAGCGUUCAGUCCGCAGCUGGCGGUCGGCCUUGCGCAGGCCGGGGGGCCCGGGCCCGCUUGCGGUCCCGCCGUGGGGUAACGCUGUCGUUGCGGCUCAGGGGACGCGGUACGACCAGGAGCGGCUGCUGAGGAAGAGCUGCACGCUGUACGUGGGGAACCUCUCCUUCUACACCACGGAGGAGCAGAUCCACGAGCUCUUCGGCAAGAGCGGCGACAUCAAGAAGGUCAUCAUGGGGCUGGACAAAGUGAAGAAAACCGCCUGCGGCUUCUGCUUCGUGGAGUAUUAUGCAAGAGGAGAUGCUGAAAAUGCAAUGCGAUACAUCAAUGGAACCAGACUUGAUGACAGGAUCAUAAGGACAGACUGGGAUGCAGGAUUUAAGGAGGGUAGACAGUAUGGUCGUGGAAGAUCAGGGGGCCAGGUCCGAGAUGAAUAUCGUCAAGACUAUGAUGCUGGAAGAGGUGGCUAUGGCAAAACUGUUCAAUGCCAGUGAAUAGUGAAUGACUCGUCAGCCUCACAGGAGAACUAAAUCUGCAUUGUAAAUGUCACCAGGCACAAAGUAGGUCUAUUGCACACAAAUUUGUGUAGCUAGAAAUUCACAGAAACUACUACCCUUGUUCCUGUGAUCACACAGUGUGUUCAAUAUCUCUUCUGUUUUAAUACCAAGAUCCAAAGCAUUGCAGAGUACAUUAAUACAGAGGACCUGGGAGCAAGGUUUUAAGCAAUAGUAUACGUGAGGCUUUGGUCUCUAAAUGCUGCUGUAACUCUACUAAAAGGAACAAAGGCUUGAUACUGUGGUGCUUUUUUUCACAGGCAAAACUUGAUUAUUCUGUUGCUGGGUUUUGUUUACAUUGGUAUCACAGGGUGGAGAGCGGCAAUAGGGGAUUGGUGUAUGUUUCGGAGAUGAAAGAAAGAGGCAAAGAGCCUGAAAAGGAAAUGGAAUUUCUAGGGAAAUUUUCCAGUUUCUAGGGAAGACUUAAAUUUGCACAUUUUCUGGGGUUACUGGAUAAGCAUCCUUUUACAUUCAUGCUGUUCCUAGCACACCUGCACAAACAGCCACAAUAAAACAAGUCAGAUUGAUGAGCCUAGCCAUCAUCAAGUGAGAAGCAAGCCUAGCAGAGAGCAGAAAACAGACCCUUGCAGUCUUCUACAAAGUAUAAAGUGAUUACACAACAUUGCAUGUUUCAGAACCAUUUUGCUUUGUGGGAUACAGAGAAUAGCAAGUGUAAGAAUUACAGUAGCAGCUAUUUUCACAGCUGGAGUAGUAGUAUUUUGCUCCUGUCUGGUAGCUCUCUACAGCCUUGAUAUUUGAUGAACAAUAUCUUUCCUGUGCCUACAAGGACAGCAUGAAGCCAAGUUGUACAGUUACCCCCAAAAUGGGACGUUUGAGGAACUGUGUAAUAAGAAAGUUUGUUCUCAAAAUAGAUUUUCUAUUUGAGAAACUUGAUUUCAGACAAAGGUAAAAAU